AACAACUACGGCCACCCACUCCUCCUGCGAAUCCAUUUGCCAAUUUCUUUUACGCAUUUGUUUAUAUGCCCGAAAGGCUAUCCAGUAAACCAGUGUGACCAGCUGCAGUGCGAAAUUCAUUGUUAUGUUUUUUGUAUAUAACGGCGCUAUCUGAAAUAUCUUAUCGCACAUUACAAUUUGUAUUUACUCAGCGCGAAAGUAAAUUGUAAUUGUCAAUCAACUGUGUUGCUACACAGUAAGAAAAGGCAUUUUAUUAAGCGCGGUUUCUUAAACAGAGCCACAAGAGGAGGUGUCGCAUAUUUAUGAUUCCAUUUUGUCUUCUUGGAGAGCAAACUUAAGUAUAAUACCACAUACAUUUUAAGCCUAGAUAGGACAUAAUUUUAAGCUGAAACGAAGGCAAACAGACAGCAUGUGGAAUUCCGAACCAACACAUCGCCAGCACCAUCAGCACAAUGGAAAUUCUACCUCGGGCGGACCGCCCGCCAAGCAACUGGGCAUGACCUCGGCUAUCAGUCUGGCCGAGCCGAGGCCAGAGGAUCUCCAGCGCACUGAUGACCUCCGCGGCUCACUGGAGCCGUACAACGUCUUUGAGAGCCAGGACGAGCUGAACCACCGUAUGGAGAUCCUGGCCAAGCUAAACACACUGGUCAAGCAGUGGGUCAAGGAGAUCUCUGUCAGCAAGAAUAUGCCAGAGUCAGCCGCCGAGAAGCUUGGCGGCAAGAUCUACACAUUCGGCUCGUAUCGAUUGGGAGUCCAUCACAAGGGUGCCGAUAUUGAUGCCUUAUGUGUUGCUCCGCGAAAUAUAGAGCGCACCGACUACUUUCAAAGCUUUUUUGAGGUGCUCAAAAAGCAGCCAGAGGUUACCGAGUGCCGUUCGGUGGAAGAGGCCUUUGUGCCCGUCAUCAAGAUGAACUUUGAUGGCAUCGAAAUCGAUCUGCUGUUUGCCCGUCUGUCCCUUAAAGAAAUUCCCGAUGACUUUGAUCUACGGGACGAUAACUUACUGCGGAAUUUAGAUCACCGUUCGGUGCGCAGCCUUAACGGUUGUCGUGUGACGGACGAGAUUCUGGCUUUGGUGCCCAAUAUUGAAAAUUUCCGCCUGGCACUGCGCACCAUCAAAUUGUGGGCAAAGAAACACGGCAUCUACUCAAAUUCAUUAGGUUAUUUCGGCGGUGUAACCUGGGCCAUGCUGGUGGCCAGGACCUGUCAGCUGUAUCCAAACGCUGCAGCUGCCACACUGGUGCAUAAGUUUUUCUUGGUCUUUUCGCGCUGGAAGUGGCCCAACCCAGUGCUGCUCAAGCACCCUGACAAUGUUAAUCUAAGAUUUCAAGUCUGGGAUCCGCGUGUUAAUGCCUCGGAUCGUUAUCAUCUGAUGCCUAUUAUUACGCCUGCAUACCCACAACAGAAUUCCACAUUUAAUGUGUCCGAAUCCACCAAGAAGGUCAUAUUGACCGAGUUCAAUCGCGGCAUGAAUAUUACAGAUGAAAUCAUGCUCGGUCGCAUUCCGUGGGAGCGUUUGUUUGAGGCGCCUAGCUUUUUCUACAGAUACCGCCACUUUAUCGUAUUGUUAGUCAACUCGCAGACGGCUGACGAUCAUUUAGAGUGGUGCGGCCUUGUUGAGUCAAAGGUGCGUCUGCUAAUUGGCAACCUGGAGCGAAAUCCACACAUUGCACUAGCCCAUGUCAAUCCCAAGUGUUUUGAGUUUAAGAAGGGCCAAAGUGCCAACAACUCGCAAAACAACAGUGGAAAUGAAGACGACUUAAAGCAGUCGCAGGGUAGCCAGUCUGCUGUGACAUCGGCACCCUUCUGCUCCAUGUGGUUUAUCGGCUUGGAAUUUGAGCGAUCGGAGAACCUCAACGUGGACCUCACCGAGAGCAUACAAAAUUUUACGGAGCAUGUAAUGAUGCACGGCGUUAACAUCAAAAUGCUUAAAGAAGGUAUGACCAUUGAUGCCCGCCAUGUGAAGAGGAAGCAGCUGUCGCUUUAUUUAGACUCUGACUUCUUAAAGCGUGAGCGCAAGUCAAUGGAAAGUCACAAUAAUUUUAAUACCACGCUAUUGGCCAACCGCAAGCGACUUUCUACAGAACUGGCCCAGUCGCAGGAUCCACUGCCACCAGGCCAGCAGCAAUCAAGUGGAAAUCGCGGUCGGGAUAGCGGAGCCAAGAUACAGAGACUCAGCGAAUCGCUGACAGAGGAGAACUCGAAUGCCUCCAGCGAUAUGGGGGCAGGGACACCCACCACGCCCACAACGGCGCAAUUGAGUGCGCCAAGCUUUAAGAGCUCUGGCAAGAACGGCUCCGAGAUGGACGUUGUGGAGCAGGAACCAUCACAGCCUCACAACAGUGCCAGCAACAAUGGCAAUGCCAACAGCAACACAACCACAACGGAGGUGGCUUGUUCGUGACAACCGCCAACGCUACAUCCGCAUCCGCCACAUCAGCAGCCACCGCCAGCGCCGCCACAGCCACCAGCUCACCAUCAUCAUCAUCAGAAGUUCCGAAAGAACAACAACGCGGCUGCGGCAGCCGCCUCUAAUAGCAUCUUCAACCAACGCUCGAUUCUGCAUGCCGCUUCCAGUCUAACGGCUGCUCUAAGCAUUACCGGACACAAGCGCAAGCAGCAAACGGCAACAUCAACAACCACGAUCAGCAGCAGCAACAUUGCUCACAGCAACUACAACCAGCAUAGCAUCCACAGCAACGGCGGUGGCGGUGGCGCCGUCAGCCACUACAAUAAAACGUACUACAUUGAUGAUGAUGACGAGGACAACAAUCAACAACUUUUGACACCUAACAACCAAACACAACAGCAACAAAAAGCGGUCAGAAUAGCAGCCACGUCGACGACUCCAGCAACAUCGGUUCCAGUAGCUGCGGGUGCCGCACCACCGGCACCGACAAUUUCUUGUAAGUUGCCUAAAUGUUUUUCCUCGUCCUUGUACUCUCAUUCAUUUUCUCCAACUUCCUUUGACACGAGACUGUUUCUGUAUUCUUAAGUUGCCUAUCUACUUACUAUUACGUAUUCUAUAACCAGUAUUCCGCCAAUGUGGAAACAAUCUAACAAAAACAUACUUUUAAUGUUUUAAGUUUUAAAAAUCCAAUUUACCAAGCCCGAGACUAAGCUCAAUAAAUGAUGAUGAAAAUAAA